AUGACUGGUGUCAGUGAAGCAGCGUACUGGCAGAGGCUGACGUGUCCGUAUGAACAGAGCUUUCAGAGCCUGCGGAGGGUUUGGUGCAGGCAGAGCUCUGCAGAAUGCUGCACCGGCUUUGCUUUCGACCCGGACGCCCCCUCUGUGGACGGAGGCAGGAUGGAGGUGGAGGAGGGAACGGAUUCCUUCACCGUGUUUGUGCAGGAGCUGAGCCACGGGGAGGGGGUGUACUGGUGUGGUUUGCUGAGUGAAGAUAAAACCAUCAUUAAACUGGCUGAAGGCGACUUCCACAGCUGUAAGUAUUAG